CUCCAACCUUCGAUCGUUCGAUCGUCUUCCUGCUUCUCUCUGAUCUCUCACAAUUUCAAACAUCAGAUUCUUUCAAACCAACAAGAUUAGUAAUCCUCUACAAAGCCCCUUUGCUCCUUCCACCAUACCGGUACCAAGCUAAGAAGAUGGAUAUUCCCAGCUACUUUGUUGUCACCAACAGUGCCCCCGCUGUUCCCAUCACAGCAGCAGAAGAAGAAAUUCGACUGAAUAAUAUCCCCAGUUUCAUUGUGAUUCCGACCAUGUCUCUGGAUGAACGCCUGGAACGAAAACUGUCUUCUUUUUCUUCCUCCUCCUCAUUGUCAAUAUCCUCCCAUUUGUUCCAUCCCAGCAACGAACGAUGGUCUUCGAAUGGAGCAGCAUCCUGCGAGAAAUGCCCACCUACCAAGCCCCUACAAGAUAAGAGCAGUACCAAUUCCCUGACGGCACUGCUCCGCAAAGCCAAGUCAUCUCGCCACCAAACCCUAGCCCCUCGCCAGCCUUUGCGAACGAACACUCCGGCAUCCAUCGAAUACUCGCCAUCAUCGAUUCCUCGCAUGCCACGUCGACAAGGUACCGCAACAUCCAUUGGACCACUGAGAGGGCCAUAGACUAGGAAUAGAUGGAGGCAGAAGAACGAAGAGGUUACGAAACCCACUGUACAGUACAUACACAGCCUUAGCAUGGUAGUAAAAACAACCUGUAUAAAGAAAAUCUACCAUUGCAAAAAGUCAAGGCAGACCAGUCCACCUCAUAGUACUAGUUAAAUAGAUGGUG